GCACCACAAACUUCCCUCCUCUUAUCUUCCCCUUCUUAUAAGCUCCCCUGUUUCACUUCUGCUGCUGCCGCUUCCCAUCCUCUCACAGGCAUGGCCUCGGCGACGCUCACGGCGGCCAAUGCCUGUCUUCAGGGCAAGGGAUUCUCGGACUUCUCGGGACUAAGGAGUGCUUCCUCUUCGAUUCCCUUGAGAAGGAUCAACUCCUCCGAUGACUUCCUUUCCGUCGUCGCUUUUAGAACCUCAGCGGUGGGCAGCAGCGGAGGGUACCGGAAGGGCGCGGCGGAGGCGAAGGUAAAGGUGGCCAUCAACGGGUUCGGCCGCAUCGGGCGCAACUUCCUGCGGUGCUGGCACGGGCGCAAGGACUCGCCCCUGGACGUGGUGGCCAUCAACGACACCGGAGGCGUCAAGCAGGCCUCCCACCUCCUCAAGUACGACUCCACCCUCGGCAUCUUCGAAGCCAACGUCAAGCCCGAGGGUGACUCCGCCAUCUCGGUCGACGGCAAGGUCAUCAAGGUCGUCUCCAACCGCAACCCCGCCAACCUUCCGUGGGGCGAGUUGGGAAUAGAUUUGGUGAUCGAAGGGACGGGGGUGUUCGUGGACAGGGAGGGAGCAGGGAAGCACAUCCAGGCCGGCGCCAAGAAGGUGCUCAUCACCGCCCCGGGCAAAGGUGACAUCCCCACCUACGUGGUGGGCGUCAACGAGGAUGCGUACAACCCCGAUGAGCCCAUCAUCAGCAACGCCUCCUGCACCACCAACUGCCUCGCCCCCUUCGUCAAGAUCCUUGACCAGAAGUUUGGAAUCAUCAAGGGAACCAUGACCACCACUCACUCCUACACCGGGGACCAAAGGCUGCUUGAUGCGAGCCACCGCGACCUCCGUCGUGCGCGAGCCGCUGCGCUCAACAUAGUCCCCACCUCCACCGGCGCCGCGAAGGCCGUCGCCCUGGUUCUCCCCUCCCUCAAGGGCAAACUCAACGGAAUCGCCCUCCGUGUGCCCACCCCUAACGUCUCGGUCGUCGACCUUGUUGUGCAAGUAUCCAAGAAGACCUUCGCCGAGGAGGUCAAUGCCGCGUUCCGAGAUGCUGCCGACAAAGAACUGAAGGGCAUCCUCUCCGUCUGCGACGAGCCUCUUGUCUCCGUGGACUUCCGCUGCAGCGAUGUAUCGUCGACCGUCGAUUCGUCGCUGACCAUGGUGAUGGGCGACGACAUGGUCAAGGUGAUUGCUUGGUAUGACAACGAGUGGGGCUACUCGCAGAGGGUUGUAGAUUUGGCUGACAUCGUAGCCAACCAGUGGAAAUGAUCGGGGCGCAUCAGAAUGGACGAUUAAGUUGCCAGCUUUUUGCUUCUACUAGAUUUCCUGCUUUCCCAAACACUGUGAUGAGAAAGAAAUCCAUCUCUUUUCGUUCUUUCAGUAUAUUAUCCUUGUACAACUCCACCUCCGCUCUCAGUAAUCUGUAUCACAUAAACUCAUCACCCAUCAUGGAACUGUAAUGGGCUAUCUCGGCUUUGAAAGUCCAUGUCAUGUUCUAUGUGCUGCAUUCAGUUUUAUCUUUUAUAGCUUGUUUCUCAGUC